GAUAGACUACAUACCAUUACAGAUCGAGUAAGUUACUAUCUACACCGUAUCUAUCAAGACUUGAAUAGAGUCAAAGUUAGUAAGACUUUGGACUUUGUUUUCCUUCUUCUCUUCCUAAAUACUUUUACUCUCUACAUCUACAUCUACAUCUACAUCUACAUCUACAUCUUCCAAUCAACACCACAACUUCUUACUUCUCAACCCUCAACAACCCUCCCAACCAACCUUCAAAAUGGCCACCGGCUUCCUCCAUCACAUCGGCACAUUCCUCCUCUUCGCAUCUUCCAUCCUCCUGCUCAUCACCACCAUUUCCGCUCCCGUCAUCAACGAUAUCGGAAUCUUGAAAGUCAAAUUGACAAAUGGAACCGAUUCCCACAAUUCCGUCGUUUCGUUUGGCACUUUUGGAUAUUGUGUUUUGGAUGUUGAUUCAAAUGGAAACGACUACUGCACCAAAAAACACAUCGGCUACAACCCCGCUGCCAUCAUGUCCCAAAUCGAAUCUACCGAUUUCAGCACCGCCAGCGAAGACACCACCAAAGCCCUCACGCGCGUUAUGAUUCUCCACCCCAUCGCAUGCGGAGUUAUGUUUAUUGCAUUUCUCCUCGCGCUCGGCGCCGGACUCAUUGGUUCGUUCCUCGCCGCCCUCGUAUCUGGCGUUUCAUUCAUCAUUGCCGUGGUAGCCAUGGCGUGCGAUUUUGCCCUGUUUGGAAUUAUCAAAAACCAUGUUAAUGGAGAUGGAAGCGGAAGUCACGCCUAUUUCAGCGUGGGCAUUUGGUGUAUCUUGGCGGCUACGAUUGCGGGAUUUUUGGGCGCCGUGGUCGUCUUCGUUACGUGCUUGAGUAAGAGAAUGCACAAGAAGAAGACGAGGAGUGCGGUUGCCGAGAAGGGUUACGUGGGGGGUGUGAGACCGGCCAAGAGACACUUUUGGCAGAGACGUAGUAGAUACUAGAUGGAAAGCCGGGUUCUGAUAUAAUGAGGAAGGUCGAGAAUGGGAGAAUUUGGGGUUUGGAAAAAAUAUUGAUGAGCUAGAUGAAAAUGAAUCUAGUCAUGGAAGGAGAGGAGACGAAAGAAGAGGAGACGAGAACUUACAUAAUGAUACGACCGCUACGACAUUUCAUUUCCUUUAUACCAUCUGUACCUUUCCAGCGAGAUACCAUACUACUUACUACACAUUGGCGCUUUGGUGUACACUAGUUCACAUACCUCUUUUCAUAGCAGCGACAUCGAUCGCAGUAAUAAUAAAUAAGUCUCA